AUGAUGGAAACUGUAAACCCGGUUACAGUUGACACUGUAACCCCUGAAAUGCUGGCUGCCAGAGAAAAACUUCGAUCUCGUAUGGGAGUUACAGGAACACAAACAGGAGGAAAAGGAACCGCAAGAAGGAAACUUAAGAAAACUACUAAAUUUGUAGGUGAUGAUAAAAGAUUACAAUUCGCACUACGCUCAAUAGGAGCUGCAAACAUACCUGGAAUAGAGGAAGUUCAAAUUCUUAAGGAAGAUGGAACAUUCUUGACAUUCAGUAAUCCAAAGAUCCAAACUGCUCCAAACGCUAAUACAUACGUUAUAACGGGAGUGGUUGAAGAAAAGGAGCUUUCCUUCCCAGACAUUCUCCAGCAACUUUCAGCUGCAGGAUUUGACCUUCCAAAGAACGAUCACGAAAAGGACGGAGAUUUGGAGCAGCCAACUGACGUCCCAAAACUCGUGGAAGUUUUUGAUGACGUUCCUCAAAACACAGAUUCAACAAGCUAA